AUGUAUCAGGAUAUGUUUCCUAAUACUGCCAGUGCAGAAAUCAUAAACUUACUGAACAAGGCUCCACAAUGUGUGUACGCUGGGUUUGACCCAACAGCAAAUAGUUUGCAUGUAGGCAAUCUAUUGGUUAUAAUCAACCUAUUACAUUGGCAGAGAGCUGGACAUAAUGUAAUCACACUGUUAGGUGGAGCCACAGGAUAUAUUGGCGAUCCAAGUGGAAGGAGUACAGACAGAAUAGCCCUUCAAAAAGAGAUCAUUCAAGAAAAUAUUGCCUGUAUUAAUAAGAAUUUAAUUACUGUGUUUGAAAACCAUCAAAAGUAUAUCUGGUCUGAAGAUCCAAGCAAACUGAAGCCCUUAAGAGUAGUCAAUAAUGAAACAUGGUAUAGGAAUAUAGAUGCAAUACAGUUUGUAAGUGAAAUAGGACGAAAUUUCAGAAUGGGAACAAUGCUAUUGAAACAAAGCGUACAAGGUCGAAUUAAUUCUGAGUUGGGGAUGAGUUUUACUGAAUUUGCAUACCAGAUAUUCCAGUCUUAUGACUGGUUACAUUUAUUAAAAGAAUAUGACUGCAGAUUUCAGAUAGGCGGAAGUGAUCAGAUGGGAAAUAUAAGCGCCGGACAUGAACUAAUUAGUAGAACUGUUAAGAAAAAUGUUUACGGUUUAACAUUACCAUUAGUGACAACCGAAGAAGGUGACAAGUUCGGUAAAUCAGCUGGAAAUGCUAUAUGGCUGGAUGGGAACAAAACUAGCCCGUACAGCUUAUAUCAAUUCUUUAUAAGAACAAAAGAUACAGAAGUGGAAAAAUUCCUGAAGCUAUUUACAUUCUAUAGUUUAGGAGAAAUUAAGGAUAUAAUGUUCAAACAUAAACAACAUCCAGAACAGAGAUAUCCACAAACCUGCUUGGCUGAUCAACUCACGACUUUAGUACAUGGAAAGGAAGGCUUAGAACGAGCACUGAAGGCAACAGAGGCGAUUUAUAGCAAGAAUGUUAAGUCACUUGUAUCUCUCAGUGGAACCGAGUUAGAGCAGAUAUUUAGCGAAGCGACUGUCACAAGCCUCCUACUGUCCCCUGGCAUCACUGUUCUGGAACUGGGACUAAAAGCGAAGUGCUUUCCUACUGAAAGUGAUGCAAUAAGAAUAAUUGAAGCUGGUGGAUUUUACAUCAACCACCAAAAAAUAAAGAAGAUAGAUGAAGUGAUAACACAGUCUGCGCACAUACUGCCGAAUUUGUUGUCAUUAUUGAGAGUCGGCAAACGGAACUACUAUAUUGUCAAAUGGCAAACGUAA